UUCACAUCUUUUUAUUCAAAUUUAAAAUUAAGAUUCUAAAUUCCCUUUUUAACUUUAUAUUUUCCUUUUGCAAUACCCUCAAAUUCGGAGGAAAAUUAAUUUUUUCUUGCAUCAAAACGGAAAUUCCAGAUUUGAUAGACUAAAAUCAAAGAUUUAAAACCCUGUCCGCCAAUCAGAAACCCUAGAUUUAUUCUCUUAAAAAAAACAAAUUAGUAAAGUGAUCUGUGAGUUUAAUUUCAGAUUAGAUUCACAUUAUUUACUCUUUAUUGCACUAAAUUGACAUUUUUCUUUCUGCUUUUAAAUUAGGGCAAUCAGCCCCAGGAUUUUGGGGACAGUUCUAUGAAGUGGGUCUGAAGUAUUUUAGGUCAAUUUUGAGUAUUUAUUAUUUGGGUAGUUCUAUUUGAAGGCAAAAGCAACUGGGUUGUCUCCAAUUUGGAGAACCGGGUAUUGAAUUUUUUUCUCUAGUUUUGAUUACAUUGUAUGAUAUUGGUAGAUAAAGAAGAUAAUUUUGUGAAUUGAUGUGAAAAAAUUGGGUUUGUUUUUGUUUAGUUUAGUUUGAUGAUAAUUAGGAGAUAUGAGAGUGUUGUUAUGUAGUGUUGUUCUGAAGUUUAAGGAGAGAUAAUGACUGGAGGGUCAUUGGGUUUAGGGAUUCGGUCUAGUAGUUAUGGAUCAUUGGAGAAGCAUUUUCAACAACAUAACGGUGUUGGUGUUGUUGGUAGUAUUGGUGGUGGUGGUGGUGGUGGAGGGGUUAUUUUGCCUAUUCAAUCGGCGAGCCGUCCGAAACAAGGUAAAAUGCUUAAGGAGAAAGAGAGGAUGGUCCCUUGGAUCUUUAAGUUUGUUGGACGUAAAAAGGUUGGAAUGUUGUUCCUUUGUAUCAUCUCGGCUGCGGUUUUUGUUUGGGUCUUGUAUGUUGGAAAAGGUGAGGAUUCGCAGGACAGCGACCAUGUCCAAAACAUUAGCUUUAAUAGUACAUCACCCUUUAGCAAUACAGACAAUGAGAUAUCUUCAUUUCAGAACUUAUCAUUGAAGCCACCCCCACAACCACUGCCGCCGGCUCCUCCUCCUCCUCCUCCUUCUCCUCCGUAUUUUCUGGGCUAUACUCUUCCUCAAGGACAUCCAUGUAAUAGCUUUACUUUGCCUCCUCCACCAUCCGAUAAGAAAAGAACUGGCCCGCGGCCAUGUCCCGUGUGUUACCUCCCAGUGGAAGAAGCUAUCGCCUUGAUGCCAAAGUUUCCAUCAUUUUCACCAGUAAUUCAGAAUCUUACGUAUAUUCAUGAGGAUCCACCAAUUAGAAAUGGAGAAUUUGGAGGUUCAGACUUUGGUGGGUAUCCUACUUUAAAGCAGAGAAACGACUCUUAUGAUAUUAAAGACUCAAUUAGUAUGCAUUGUGGAUUUGUCAGAGGAGAAAAACCUGGCCGCAAUACAGGAUUUGACAUGGAUGAAACUGAUUUGGCUGCGAUGGAACAGUGUGAUGGGGUGGUUGUUGCUUCUGCAAUAUUUGGAGCCUUUGAUGACGUCCAACAGCCGAGUAAUAUCAGUGAAUACUCCAAACAGACUGUCUGCUUCUUCAUGUUUGUGGAUGAAGAAACAGAAGCAUAUUUGAAGCAGCAUGGUGGUCUUGACAGCAGUAGGAAGAUUGGAAUUUGGAGAAUUAUUGUUGUUCAUAAUCUUCCUUACAUGGAUGGGAGACGCAAUGGAAAGGUUCCAAAGCUAUUAUCACAUAGGAUGUUUCCAAAUGCCCGCUAUUCUUUAUGGAUCGAUGGGAAACUUGAACUUGUGGUAGAUCCGUAUCAAAUUUUGGAAAGGCAUUUAUGGAGAAAAAAUGCAAGUUUUGCGAUUUCUAGACAUUACAAACGUUUUGAUGUGUUUGUGGAAGCCGAGGCUAAUAAAGUAGCUGGGAAGUAUGAUAAUGAGUCCAUCGACUUUCAGAUUGAUUUCUAUAGAAAGGAGGGUUUGACCCCAUACUCUGAGGCCAAGCUUCCUAUUACAAGUGAUGUACCUGAAGGAUGUGUAAUAAUAAGGGAGCAUGUUCCAAUUACCAACCUUUUUACUUGUCUUUGGUUCAACGAAGUUGACCUCUUUACUUCAAGGGACCAAAUCAGUUUCUCCACUGUGAGAGAUAAGGUUCAUGCAAAGACAAAUUGGACGGUCAACAUGUUUUUGGACUGCGAAAGGCGCAAUUUUGUUGUUCAGAAAUAUCAUAGAGAUGUUUUAGAGCACAUGGCGCAUCCUCCUCCCCCACCCGCUUUGGUGUAUGAACCACCGACUAAACCAGCGCUUGAAUCUGCAGCUGAAAAGGGUGUGAAUGUUCCAGUUCGGAAAACAAGGCGGGGAAGAAAAUCAGGCUCUAGGCGGCACCGUAAAGUUGCAGCUGGUGACAGGGACAUGGAUUCAAGUUAAAAGUUUUGUUAGAGAAAAAUGCCAUUUCUUUUCCUUGCCUCUGGAAAAUUAUCUGUUGCAAGGAUUGAAGAUUAAUGGAAGAUGAGUGUUGUAGUUGUUUUUAGCACACAUAAUAAUGUCUCAAUUCUUUUUCUUUUUGUUAUCAUAGUUUUGAAUUUUUUUUGGCUCUUUUUAUUUUAUGAUUCAUUUUUUUGUUGUAUAUAAUAUAUACAUUAUAAUUUCCAAUAAUUAUAAAUAUGGGGUUCUUUCCAA